AUGGCUUCACAGACGCACUCACUCGCCGAGCACCGCUCGGGAUCAGUUGCCAAACUAAAAGACGAUGAUGACAAGCUUGUCGAAAAACUCAAACGUAUAAAAGAAGCCUUACCCGAGUACAAAGACAAGGAUCUGGACUACUACAUAUGGUUUACCCGACUUCCCAACGAAAAGGGUGAGAUGACUUAUUGUAAAAUUCAAAUUGGCAGCAAAGGGGAGAAGAUGGUCCUUGGAGGAGACGGUGAUGAUGCCGAGGAGGCUUUGAAGGAAAUGGAGUACGCAUUGGGCAAGGGCUACGUGAAACCGUUGAAGGGUUGA